AACACAAAAGCAGGAAUGUCGACAAACGGCCACCGAAUGGAGUAUAUAAAGUACUCAUUACGUAACCCCUCUCCCCGCAAUGCAGCCAACCAAUGGGAAGCUUCUUUACCAUAUAUGGUAUUGCAAUGCACCAUGUUCAAUAUCAACUAUUGUACAAAUUUUAUCUCAUUUACCAUUGAAAUGCGAUUAAAAAAUUCAGAAUUACCUUAUUAUCAAUCAUUUUACUUGGGAUUCAAUAAUCGACACAUACUUUUAUAUGGGAACAUUCCAGUAAACGCAACUUACCAAAUUUUACACGUCACAACACUACUGCACAACACACAAAAGAUGCGGUAAGUGAGAAAUAUUGCCGGUUGCUUCGAGGAAGCCGUGUUCAAAA